UCAUUUUUCUCCAAAUGGACAAUGUGAUUUUGUUGGCUAUAUACCUACAUUAUUUAGGACGUUUUCUUCUCCUUUUUUUUGUUGUCUUAGAAUGUUUAGGCGCUUUCCUUCUCUUUAGUUUACAUAAUACAAGUUCAACUCGGUCGAAUUGUAGUGCACAUAACGUCACGUGAAUUUGGGAAGGCUUCUCUCCUGUUUGGCAAUCCGCAUUCCUCCUCUCGCUAUCAGUCCUAAACACAACUCGGGUCACUCUCGGAGAGAACACACUGAAAACAGCCGACCGUACCCGGACUACUGAUAGGACAACGAAUUUUGCACAAAAGGAAUAGUUUAUCCCAAGCAUAAACUCUCAAACAACAGGAAAACUUUCCAUUAUUAUAUUGAGAACUCCAGGACACAGGCACCAUGACGAGGUUUUGCAGGCAAACGACGAGUCAAUAGAAAGGGGUUAUUGCAGUUCUCUGCGGGGUUGGGACCAGUCGGGUCGGACGAGACUCCAGCUCUGCAGUUAGAAAGAAAAGACGAGUGAUUGACACACCAUGGAGGGCGGGAACGAGGUAGAUCUGUCCAACAAUAACAUCACCCCUCUGUGGAAGCGGCGCUCAGCCAACCACACUGGCCCCAGCAAGCCAAAGGCCCGGCCCCUCAGCUACCAGAUAGACGGAGUCCACAUGACUGACUUCCCCGUAGAGGACAACAAGUGCAGCUUUACACUGAGCCAGCCUACAGAGAGACUGGUGGCUACGCCGGGAGGAGGGACGGUCAUUCUGAAGCACGUUCUCAACCAACCCACCAGGAAAACACGGGUGGUCAGAAGUAUAAGCAUUGGACAUCUGUCCAAAGGACGUUUCUCUCUAUCCAAGAUCAAAUCGGAGGAUGAUAAAUCGCCGUCAUUGAACAGUAAGGCGUACCACGGUGGGAGUGUUGGUAAUAUUGGUAAUGGGGAGAAGGUGUGGUCGGACAAGCGGCCGCAGGACGCCCAGAAUCGACUCUCCAGCCCGUUCACCCUCACCGCUCACCGGGACCAGAUAGUGUUUGGGACGAGCCCUUCACCGCCGGACCCUGCCUCCUCCAAACACCCCUCUCCCCAUGCCACCCCCAAUAACAACAACCAUAACCACCAACACCAUAACCAGACCUCCCCUUCUUCCUACCACCCCUUAAACCCCAGCCCCUCCACCCCUAGUCUCCACACCCCUACCCCAUCCCACAGCUCCACCUCCAGUAUCCACUCCCUCUCCUCCCUCACCUCUACCCCUUCUGAUCCCCCCACACCCUGCAGCCCCUCCCCUGCUGACAUGUCUGCCCCCUCUCCUUCCCCCACUCCCUCCCUCUCUCCUCCUCCCUCCAUUGUCCUCAGCACCCACAGUGCCGCUGCCCUGAAGAUGGGCACCCAGCAGCUGAUACCCAAAGGCCUGGCGUCCCUGAGCAAGGUCUCUCCUGCUGGGGUACAGAGCCAGGGCCUGGGGGUUUCGCUGGGCCUGGAUCCUACCAAGCGGGCCCUGCGAGCCCUCAGCAUGGUGGAGACUGGAACCUUCUUCUCCACGGGUGGAGGGACCGGGGGAAAGGGGACAGACCAGGAUGAGAGCCCUGCGACUCUGAAGAGAGGGUUGAGGUCUACCUCGUACAGGAAAGCAGUGGUGAGUGGCGUGGAAAUGGAAACACCAUCUGAAGACCUCAAGACCCAUCGUCUGUCCCAACCUACACUCAAAGGACUACAGGAGGUCAAGGAGAGACCUACCAGCCCUGGGAAGAAGAACAAGAGUCCUGAUAAGAAGCCAGGACUGAUCACACAGAGGACAUUUGACAGUGAAGAGGAGGUACUGUAUCAGAACUACCAGGAGAAAGCUCUUCACAAUGACUCUGAUGAGGACCAGUCCAGAGAGGCCAAACCUGACGACCGCAUCGUGUUGCAGUACAGACCCAUACGCACCUCCUGGAGCCAACUCAGUGUGGUAAAGAAGAGUGGAGUUUCUGAUAAGCUCAGCCAAGAGGAGCUUAAAAGACAAGAGGCUAUAUUUGAGUUGAUAUCAUCAGAACAUUCCUACCUCCACAGUCUGGAGAUUCUGAUCCGGAUGUUUAAGAACUCAGCGGAGCUCAGUGGCACCAUGACUAAGACCGAGCACCACCACCUCUUCUCCAACAUCACAGACGUGUGUGAGGCCAGCAAGAAGUUUUUUAAAGAGUUAGAGGACAAGCACCAGCAGAACAUUGUUAUAGAUGACAUCAGUGACAUAGUGUUCAGACACGCCCAGUCCAACUUUGACCCCUACAUCACCUACUGCUCCAAUGAGGUUUACCAGCAGAGGACCCUUCAGAGGCUAGUUAGUAGUAAGAAUCCAGUGUUUAAGGAGGCGUUGACUCGUAUUGAGGCCCACCCAGACUGCAGGAACCUCCCCAUGAUCUCCUUCCUAAUCCUGCCAAUGCAGAGAGUCACCCGCCUGCCUCUGCUGAUGGACGUCAUUUGUCAGAAGGCUCCUAAAGACUCUGCCCAGUAUGAGACCUGUAAGCAAGCCCUCCAAUCAGUCAGCAAGGUGGUGCGUAAGUGUAACGAAGGGGCCCGUACCAUGGAGAGAACAGAGAUGAUGUACACCAUCAACUCCCAACUGGAGUUUAAGAUCAAGCCCUUCCCACUGGUGUCGUCCUCUAGGUGGAUGGUGAAGCGAGGGGAGCUCAUAGCCUUCGUGGAGGAGAACGGUAUCUUCUCCAAGAGGACGUCACGGCAGCAGGUCUACUUCUUCCUCUUCAACGACGUCCUCAUCCUCACCAGGAAGAAGAGUGAGGACAGCUAUGCAGUGAUAGACUAUGCUCUGAGGGACCAUAUCUGGGUGGGACCCUGCCAGGCUGAGGAUGUCAACCUAUCACCCGUCAGAAGCACCGCUGGAAUGCUGACAUCACGGCAGCCCGGGGCCAGCCACAUCUUCCGCCUGCGUUUCCGUAGCAACCAUUCCGGAGACAAGGUGCCCAUGGUCCUGGGGGUGGAGCUAAUGAAUGAGCGUGCUCGCUGGAUCAGUGCUCUGGGUCAGAGCAGCAAUGACAAGAAGAACCAAGACCGAACAAAUGCCAUGCAGGUGGAGGUGACAAGGACGUACACAGCCAAGCAGCCUGAUGAGCUUUCACUGCAGGUGGCUGACGUGGUCCUGGUGUCACAGACUGUGGAGGAUGGCUGGUAUGAGGGCGAGCGACUCCGUGAUGGCGAGAGGGGUUGGUUCCUGUCAGAAUGUGCUGAACCAAUCACGUGCCAGGCCACUAUUGAGCGCAACAUGCAGAGGAUGGACCGCCUCCAGGGGCUGGAAACCAAUGUGUGAGCUGUAACUGCAGGCUCCACCCAUUUAAAUACACCAGCGACGGACCUCCACUGAAUACACCAAUAGAAAGGCUCCUUGGUCAACAGAGCAAGGUGUGAGCUCUUUCCGCCAGCGACUGAAUACACCAUAGAGCUGCCUUCAAGCACUAUCAACCAAUGAGAGUGCUGACUGCCACUAAAUGCACCAAUAGAAUCUCUCUGUGGUCAACAGACAAAUGUAUGUAUGCUGUUUGUAUGUCAGCUGACUGUGACCCUAUGACCUGUCAACAACACAUUGAUUCCUCCCACUGAUGGGAGACUGUCCAACCACUGCCGUGUGACUGCUUUUUGGCCCCGAAGGACAUCCCCCUUAGACACACACACAGGAUGUGCUGGGGUCAAAGUUGAAAACUGCCACAUACAGAGUGGACAGGUCACCUAUAAUAAGAGGUUGCAUUAAAACUAAUAGAACAUUUAUUCAUUUUAUGAACUAUUUCCUUCUGAAAGACUCCCCAGGAAUUUCCAGGAAUGAAGCUUACCUUCUGUACUGCAUAACUAACAUUUUAUAUUAGUAUAUUUUUUGUCAUGCUUUUUAAAGUGCCAGGUUGUCGUGAUGUGACACAGUUCAGUUUCACUUCUGCUCUGUGGUCAGGUUCUAGUGUGUGUUGACUGAUGGGCAAGAGGCUCAAUGUAGAAACACAAAUGGCACUGUACGUCAGACACUUGUGUGUGUGUGUGGGGCUAGGAGGCCUUUUGUAAUGUAACUGAACGUGACGACGGUCCAAAAUGGGUCCAGUUUCCAGACGUCCCUUUGUGGCUAGUAGAAGGCUGUGUGACUGCUGACGAGGCUGAAUGGAAGGAGCCAAAAUGGGUCCAGUUUCCAGACGUCCCUCUGGUUAGGUUACAGUACAGUGAGGCUGAAUGUUGUGAUGACCUACAAAGGAAAAAAAGAAACUCCCACAAUCAGGCGCUAAUCCCAACCCCUAGCCAUUUUAGAUACCUAACACUAUUGAACAGGUUUUAGCAAUAUGGACAUAGCUUCACCUGGCCCUCUGGUAAGGCUUGGUUGAAUUGAACCAUGUAUACAUAUGCAGUUCUUUCAGCUCUACACUGUUCCUAGGGUCUGGAAGUUGAUCUGUAAUUGGCCACUUUAUCUCCAUCUUUAAUGUCACCUUACAUAAAUAGAACCAUUUCCGUCCCGCAGACCUCCGUCAGUCCUGCCUCUGGGUGUGAUGAUGCCCUGGAGUGGCUUUUAGAAGGCCCAGUGAUAUCAGAGCUGGACGUUUAAAAAAAUAAAAUAAAAAAUACCCUCAUGAUUUCUGUGACGAGCAGCAAGAGAGAAAAUGAAAUGGUGUGACGCUCUCUGUUCUAAAACUGGGAAAGCCGGAGGAGGUUUUAACAUGAUUGUCCAGCGUGAUUCAUCUGCUAAGUGUGUAAUGUUGUCAUCGCUAAAGGAAACACAUAAUGGCCUGAUCAGCUUCCUGUUGUAACACCGUUCAUCAAACCAGACCACUACUCUCUAUCUGGUCUGACCCAGACAAAAAGCUUUGUGUUUGCACUCAGGGGGAAAAGCUGUGAUACAAUACGCAUUUAACCAAUGUAAAUAUGUAACUAAUAACCUGUUUAAAUGUAUGUAAUCCACAGCUAUAGAUUUAUAUUGCAGAUGAUGCCUUUUAGAUAUUUAAUCUAAUUAUUGUUAAUAAAAGUGCUAUGGCGUA